AAGUGGAAUACAGAUUUUACAGUAUUAUCGAUUUUUCAUUAGAACUGUAGAACUAUUGCAAGUGCUUUGUGCGGGAUUUGGGCUAGGAUUCGCUAGGGUGGUCUGGACUUGGUCUGGACCGUCUGGACUUCACCUAGGCAAGGGUUUUCCUAAUGUCAUUGUCAGACCAUUUGUCAAAUGUCAAUUUUAAGAAUUUGUAAUUGAUAAGAACUAUUGGUAUUUUACAAUUUUAAUAAAAACAAGAAGGAAGUUGCGCAUCUGUUAUGUUAUGAUUUCGUCUUGUGCGUUGUAAUAUUAGUUAGAAAUAAUAAACUGUUUGUGAAUUUGAAUGCCCAUCGCAAUGGAUAUACUUCUCACAUUAUUCUAUUUGUUAUUUUCCUUUUGCGUUAUUUAUCCACCCACAGAGUUUGUGGCUGCUGGGUUUACUAUUCCUCAAAUAUUUGAGGGAUUUUUAGGUUCCGAAAACACGAACUUUAUCGGAUAUCAUAUGAAGAGAAUAUCAAUAACGGCUUUUAUCCAUUCUUGUUUGCCCUUGGGAUAUAUUUUUACCCUGUGGUGUGGUGGAGAGACUGGGUCAUGGAUGACGGCGGCAUUUACGUCUACGGUUGCUCUAGCGUUAGUGAUGUGCUAUAAGCUCGUUUGCUGGUGGGAAUAUGGGAAACAGAAGCAUCCUGUGGUACGGCCUCUUUUAUGUUAUGUUACGGAAGGCAGCGAUUGGCGGGUGGUCGCUAAUACUAUCAACAUUGCUUUUCGAAGCGUGGAUAAAGUAUGUAUACCAUUGACUGCCACUAGCAAGUUGGUGGCCACUGACGCUUGGCUCCUCAGAGUUACACAAUAUGGUGUGAAUGCUGUAAAGCAUGAAGAUUGUUCCUUAUUUGCUACUGCUACUGACAACCACACGCUGACUCCAACGGGUGAGGGAGAGGUGCAAUAUGUGAAUGUAGAAUUGAUCCCGUACCGGCCUGAUGUAGAGCCCUUCUCUUUCCGACUGACGACGAACGCACUGCGCGAGCUGCAGCCCCGCUUGCCGCGACCCGUGCGCGUGCCCGAACAUAUCUCGCUAAUGCCCACCGUUGUUGAGAGAUUUAUCACACAGUUUAAACAUUAUGUCGACCAGAACCCUACCUACUAUUUUGAUCAGGAGGUGGAGCAGUGCAUUGGGUGCAUGCAGAACAUGGCGGACGUGAAGCUGGACCGGCGCUGCCAGCCUGUACCCGAGGCGUUCGCCGGCAUCGCGCCGCCGCCCUGCCAGCAGUGUAACUGCAGGUAUGCCAAAACACCGGACACACAUACUAUAUUUAUAAUAUACCAAUAUACCUUGAAUUAUUGUAAAAUUCACAUGACAUUAAAAUUUACUGCCUACAAAGGUGGUGAAAGACCAAAGAAAAUAUAGAUUGUGAUAGAGGAUAUGCUUAAGAAGUGAGUGAAUUAAGAUAUGAUGGCUGAUAGAGCGGGGAGAUCAAUUCAUUCUGUGCCGAAAUCCAUAACCAAGUUAAUGAAAAUGACAAUCUUUACGAAAUUAACAUGAACAUAAAUCUUGGUCCUUCGAGUCGGAUAACGUAAAACACAUCAUGAAGACGAAAUGUCUGCUGUAAGUGUUAUGUA